AUGGGAACCGCGGGCGAUCCGCGGGGCGGGAGGCGGUCGGGGUCGGAACCGGAGCGGCGGGACGGUGUCGGGGCUCCCGGCGGCAGAGACCCGGCGGGAAGGGUUUGGGACGAGGGGGACGUCGCCCCCAACCCGUGGGGCACCCGGAAAAAAUGUCGGAAGGAGCUGAACGCCCGCGGGCGCGGGGCCAGGAGGCGCCACGAGGAACGCGAGUGGCCGGACUCCGGCCACGGCGGGUCCGACGGGUCGGGCGAGUCCAGCGGGUCCGGCGGGUCGGGGAUGACCCUGGACCCGUCGGAGCACGAGUGGAUGCUGGCGGCGGCCGGAGGCGACUGGGAGAAGAUGGCGUGGCUGCUGGAGUCGGACCCGGACCUGCUGGACCAGAAGGACUUCAUCACGGGGCUGACCGCCGUGCACUGGCUCGCCAAGCAGGGCCGGACCGAGACCCUGAUCGCUCUGGUGCGCUUCGCCGAGGGGCGAGCGGUGCGGCUGGACGUGAACGCCAAGGCGAGCGGCGGCUACACGGCCUUGCACUUGGCUGCCAUGCAGGGCCACCAGAUGACCAUCAAGCUGCUGGUGGGCGCCUACGACGCCUCGGUGGACAUCAGGGACCACACGGGCAGGAAAGCCUGGCAGUACCUGGGCGGCGACGUGCCCGGGGAGAUGAAGCUGCUGACCGGGGCGCGGGAGGAGGAGAUCGGGAGGCGGACCGUCUCCGAAGCCAAAGCCAAAGCCAACGCCUGUCCGGACCGGGUGGACCCCCCACGCGGCAAACCGGACCUGUCCGGGAUCGUGUCGUUACGCAAACUGCUACAGCCAUCGCAGUGGCGAAGGAGGAGACGGUGCGAACGGGCGGACACUCCCGCGGCUCUCCUCACGUGAAUGAAUGAAUGAAUGGACGGACGGACGGACGGAUGAUGGACGGACUCUGAUGGCUUUGGACUCUUUUGCCCGAAGACUUGAGCCAUUGCCGUCGGUGGCGUCGCCCACCGUCGUAGGAUGCGCCGUACGCGUCUGCACUGGGUUUGGAGAUGUCAUGUAUGUCAUGUAACGGUGUUACCCGGACCGGACCCCUCCUUCC